AUGGAAACGAAUUCGUUUGAGGAUUUGGGUGAGGUCGACAGCUUCACAGAGCAAAUCAACACAGAUCAUCACGCAUCAGGAAUUACGAUUGCCUUGGAUGGUGAGCCCAUGAUGGAAGACGACGAACCGUGGGAGGACGAGGGCGCAUACGAGGAGCAGCCGUACAUAUUGGCGGAUGUGUUAUACGACUUUACGGGUGCAGAUGAGACCGAAUUGACUGUAAUGGUGGUGCAAAUAUAA